AUGGCCGAAAUAGACGAGACUCAGUUUUCUCUGAUGAGUCUGGAGGAUGAACUGACCUGCAGCAUCUGUCUCAGUACCUUUGACUGUCCGGUGACCAUCCCCUGCGGCCACAACUUCUGCCAGGACUGUCUCCUCGCCACCUGGAAGGACACCUACAGCUGUCCUCAGUGUCGGACCCACUUCGCCACCAAACCGGAACUGAAGAAAAACACGGUCCUCAGCACCGUCGUGCAGACCUUCAACUUGAGGUCAAGCAAGAGCGAGGGCAACCUGUUCGGAGAGGAGAAAAAAGCCGAGGAAAAGGAUGUUAUCCGCUGUGAUACAUGUAUGGAAGCAGAGGCGUCUCAGACCUGCCUCACCUGCAUGGCCUCUUUCUGUGAGGAGCACCUGCGGCCUCACCGGGAAAACCCAAUUUUCCGUGUCCACCAGCUGAGUGAGCCCGUCGGUGACCUGUCGGAGCGCAUCUGCCCGGAUCACCACAAGCUGAUGGAGCUCUUCUGCAGCCAGCACGGCCGUCCAAUCUGCAGCCUCUGUCUCCAAAAUGUCCACAAAGGCUGCUCCUUCACGUCUCCUGAGGAGCAGAGGACCCAAAAAGAGACCGACCUGAGAGUCAAGUUAGGCUUGCUGGAUGGGAAGAUUAGGAAGAAUGAAGCUGUUAUUUGUCAAAUGCAGGACAUGCAGAACAAGUUGAAGGACUCAGCGACCAACAGGAAAAAAGCUGUGGCAGCUGAGUAUCAUCAGAUGCGGGAAAUGUUGCUUCGACAGGAGCGUGAUGCUCUGAAUGCAGUCGAUCGAGAGAUGGAGAGUGGUCAGACCAAACUCAGGGUUUUCAUGAAGAAGCUAACUGAGAACGUUAAUAACAUGAGCAAAGCUAAAGAAGAUAUCCACAGUCUGCUGAGUCAGUCCCAAACGCUGGCCUUCCUACAGGCGUCAGUUAACCUGCCCCCAGCUGUAAACUUUGACCCUUAUGCCCCUCGAAUCAGCGUGGACUCCAAGACGGUCAUAGCGACACACGCCUCUGCUGCUGCCCUAAAGGACUAUCUGGCAGAGCUCUUUAAACAGCCUGUUGAGGCCAGACUGCAAAUGAUUAAACCAGGUGAAUAUGCAGGUCAAAGUUCAGCUUCUGCCUCAGGAUUUACACCUUUGAACACUGGACCUUACCAGGAAUCUGGUAUGUUCAUCUUUCCUGCACAAAAAAAAAGUGACAAAGAUUUUAGAAAAUGUGACAAAAGACAGUUAAAGAAUAAAAUGCCCUUUCUUUUUUAUAUUCAUAUUUCAGAGCUGAAAGUGCCUCAAGAGCAACAGAGACUUCCUAGGUCCCAUAGUCCAGGUCCAGGUGCCCAACCCAAAGCAGGCCCAAAGAAGAAAGCUCCAAAACAAACCAAAAAACCUUCCCAAUCCACUGAGGACGUUUUGGGAAAUGAGAAUCUAACCAGAUUGAAGGAAAAACUGGACAAACUCAAAGGCUGUCCUCCUGCAGGUGAACCCACUCACAAACCAGAAACUUCAGACCUUUCCCCGAACGUAACAUCUGCUGAAAAAAGAAGUGAACUUCUGAAAUAUGGCACAGUACUCACUUUUGAUCCAAAGACAGCUCACAAACGCAUCAUACUGACUGAGGACUUCACAAAGGCCUCUGUGUCAGAUGAGCACGCAGACUACCCCGACUGCCCUGAACGCUUCGCCGUCUGCUCCCAGGUGCUCACCUCCAAGGGUUUCUCCAGAGGACGCCAUUACUGGGAAGUCCGACUGAGCAGCAACAACUUUGUCGGCAUAGGCUUGGCUUACAGCAGCAUUGACCGCAAAGGUCCCUCCAGUCGACUGGGCCGCAACAACCAGUCCUGGUGUGUCGAGUGGUUUAAUGUCAAGCUGUCAGCUUGGCAUAACAGCAGUGAAACCGUUCUGGCCAAUCCCAGUCCAAAGCGCGUAGGUGUGCUGUUGGACUGUGAGGCGGGCAUGGCUACGUUCUAUAACGUGGCAGACAGGGCGUAUCCCUUCCACUCCUUUGUGUUCCCCUUUGCUGCUGCUGUGUAUCCAGCUUUCUGGAUUUUCUCAAGUGGCUCAUCCAUUUCUUUGUGCAAGCUGCAGGCAUGAGGGGCAUAUGCACAUACAACUGCAUAUGCAGCAACACACACACACCAAAACACACAUACAGUCAGCCCUUCUGUUUACUAAUAUUAAGAAUGUAAAAAGAAAUUUAAACUGCCUCAGCAGGUUUCUCAAAACUGCAGAAAAGACAAAUAACUUUCAUAAACUGUUUCAUAAACAAAUCGCAGGUGACUGUGAUGCAAUUAUGUGUAUGUGUUACAGUUAGAACACACAUAAGUCACUGUACACUUACUGUGCAGCGUGUUUUGAUAAGAAGUCAGCACAUCAAAAAUGUAUGAUUGUGAAUUGGGUUGUGGCUAUCAUAUGACUAUAGUCGUCAGGCAGGGGGAUAAAAACAUUUUUGUCACAAUAACUUUCUUCAUACCAUAUCAAUAUUGGGGUGUGUCACGAUGUGAGUUAUUUCCGAUGAGUGUAAAGAUUCAGAUUGUGAAAAUGACUAAGAACUGUGUGGACAGCAAACAGAAAAAGGCUUAAAUCAUGUCAGUAUAAACGCUUAUAAAUCCUGCAUGUAAAGUCCUUAUAGCAGUGGAGCUGUCUCUCUCUUUGAUGACUCUCAAAGUUUCCUCUGAAGGGGCGCUCAUUCAUUCCAUCUAUCUAUCUAUACAACAUUUGAUAACACAACAACUGCAUGUUUUGUGUUAGUUAUCCCUGUUUGUGCAUUUGUCCUUUCCUAAAGGACUGCCAUGUUGUUGGAUAGAAAAAGCUCUGUGAUGCUAUCCAGUGUACCCAACCAGUGUACUCUACAGACGAUGUAUGUGUCUCAUUUUCACGUCAUUUUAUCGUAUCAAUUUUGUAAUUGGGCUAACUGAAUAUAUCGUUUGUAUCACCCAGCUCUGUAUGUGCACUCCCACAACUUUUUUUCAGGUCUGCUGAUGAGAACAGAUGUCACAUAGACUCUGUUUUUAUCAUGUUCUGAGCCUGUGUGUGUGUUAGUGUUUGGAGUUUGGCUGGUAUUACAUGUGUCUGCCUGUCACAAUCUUUACAGAGCUUUUCACGAAAUUUUACAGACCUGUAGUUGAGAUCAAAAUAAAGGCCCAGUCUGUAGAUGGGUGUCAUCCGUCCCAUGAGUUCUGAGUACUUAUGUAAUAAUGUAGUAAUGACUUCUGAGUGCUCAUGGGUCGGAACGACAAUGUUUUGAUGGGUGCUAUCGCUGGUGUGAUCACAAGAUGGCCUCUGGUUUGUUUUUCUUUUGUUUUUUAUUCAUGGGAUUUUUUCAUGGGAUCUUUAUUGAUGUAGUUUGAAUCAGGAAAUAAUAGGGAGAGAGAGGAAGGGAUGAAAUGCAUGACCCUUGGCCUGAUUUGAACCUGGGAUGUCAUGCUUGCAUGGUAUACCCCGUAGAAAGAAACUGCUACACUGUUUUAACCAUUAAACCAAGAAGCCAUCAGAAUGCUCUGUUGGCUUUUCAUUGGGUGGCAGGAAGGUAGAAAGAUGUAUAGUUUGUGCUUCCUGAAACGCACUGGUGAUAAUGGUUAGAGUGGCCUGAUGUGGCAGUGCUGGAGUCCAUUAGGUGGUCAAGCGGUAUGGUCAGUGUGUAUACUGAUCACUUUCAAUCAGACUCACAAUGAGCAUGCUCAUCCUGCAGAUGUUAGAAGAUGUGAAAUGACAAACCAUGUGGGUGUCACGCAGCAGAGAUCUGUCUGCACAAUAUAAAGCAUAUGAACAGUGAAGUUAGGUGUUUGAACAUGGUUCUCCUGGCUCUUUUGACAAAGGUAGCCAAAGUACUAACAUCACAGCAUUAAAGAGGCUCAGAAGACACUGUUGUCCAGAGGGACUUAAAUGAUAAGUUAGCAGAGGUUCAGACAUGAUGACUGCUGUGCUGGACCAAUCAGCUCUUAACUGCUGGUUAAGAGAAGAAAUCUCUGGGAGGCAUUUGUGCCAGUGCACCUCGGGUAUGGGCCUUAUAUAUGAGGUUACAUGUUGGCAUUAAGAGGCACAAUGCAUCCCUGCACAGACAGUGUGAACCUGUACAGUAAAAUCUGCAGCUUUUACUAUCUGCCAUUACUUAUCUUGACAGUGGAAGUUUUGGUUUGGGACAGGUAGCUCUGUGAACCAUAAUGAGUGCCUAAGUCCUGAUGUUGUGCUGACACUUGUUUACUCUACCAAGCUCAAAUAACAUCAUAGGGCUGUCUGUUCUUAGCCGAAUCAAGGAAGAGUUAUGUUUCUUUGCAACAUUUGACCUUACUGCAGACUACAGGUGCUCACAGAUGAUUUUUACCAGCUGUGACUGUGUGGCUGGUUUUGUUUUCACCUUGUGAGUCUCUGUGUGUGUGUCAUCAUGGCAAAAUGUGUUCCUGGAGAGACACCAGCUGUAGCAGGAACUACCACACAGGUGGUUUUGAGUACUUUAGCAGGUGUUCAUACGUCCGUCUGUGGACAGUUUUUCUUCGCCAUCAUAAUGUCACAGUUGUGGAACUCACACUCACGAAACUUUACAGGUGUGUUGUUGAAAUUGAAAUGAAGGCAGAGUUUGAAAAUGAGUGUGAUCCGACUCAUGAGUAUUGGGUACUAAUGCAUUCGUGUAGUAAUAACUGCUGACUGCUCAUGUAGUGAUGCAGUAGUGACUUCUGAAUACUCAUGGGUUGGAAUGUCAACAUGCUGACGGGUGUCGCAGCUGUUGUAAUCCCAUCACAAGGUGGUCUAUAGCGUUGAUCUGUUGGUGAUUGGUGGUUGUUUAGUGCUGAUCUUUAGCUGAUAUGUUGUUCAUUAUUCUUUUCAUCAAAUAUUUUCAAGUGUCUGAGCACAUUGGAUUUUACUCUGUGUGAUUUCAGAGGUUAACACUGAACCAUCCUUCGUGUAAUCCUUUAUUCAGUGUACCCAACAGGAGAACAUAUUUAUGUGACUGUCUUAAUAAUUAAAAAAAAAAAAAAGAUUAUCACUGUAAAAUCUGUGUAACAAAUUAGCCAAUGACUGCUUUUAAUAAAUGUUGAUUACCUCUA